AAACUGUAACAAAGUCAGAAAAAAAAUCGUUCAUAAUAGAAAAAAUAUAAUGAAAAGAAAAAUGUUUUAAAGAAUGAAUUCCGACACAAUCGCAGCUCUUAAAUCGCGCGCGGCUUUCAUGCCAGGCGGAAGAGAUCGCGACUCACAUCUCCUGAUUGUCGUCACUGUUCCGCCAGAGCUCGUGCCAAAGUCUAAAGAGUAUCUUGACACGUGUCUCAAUUUCAUUAUCGACACUUUGAGUCCCGAAACACUCAAUAAUGGGCUUCUUUUGCUCAUCGAUGCCCAAAAGUCAAAUUAUCGUCUCACGACGACGUGGAUCGAGCACGUUGAAAGUAUCGUGGAUCCGGAUUACUUGAAACUUAUGCUCGUCUUGCGACCAGAUGCCUUUUGGGACAAGCAACGCAUGGAUAACUGCACGAAACCGCAGAAAAAGGGAGAGUGGAUCACAAUACAAAAAUCACGUUUGAGCAAAUAUAUUGACUUGUCGGAGCUGCCCGAUGAUUUAGGAGGAACAUUUACUUACAAUCACGAGCAAUGGAUACAAAAUCAUGUGCGCAUACAAGAGUACAAAAAAGCGUAUGAGAAAGCCAUCCAUGACCUACAAUCGCUGUACACACUUCUCAUUGAUAAUCAGUCAACGCGAGUGAUUCGUGCCACAUCGACGUCGUCCGAAAUUGAGCAAACACUGAAGACGUGCAUGUCGUGCGGCAACGAGGUGCAACGCUACGUGAAAUUCGUCAUGGAUAUGGGCAAUCGCUUGAUCACGCAAAUCAACGAGCUGCAAAAUUCCAAAGCUUUCACGUCGCAAGACCUCCUGGAUGCCCGCGAAACCAUCCGCAACAUGUUAAAUCGCAUCGAAAAGAAGCAAAUGGAUCUGAAAGCGGAAUACGAGAAAAUCGAAAAGCGUUCUGUGGAGUUAAAAGAGCUGGGAACACUCGAAAAUCGCGUUACGGAAGUCAUAAAUUGGAUUUUGGUGACGGCAGAAGGUCUCUUGAACAGUCAGCUGAAAGUCGGUUUUGAUAUUCACACGUCAGAGAAACUCCGGAAAGAGCACGAAGUCUUGGAAUUGGCUUGUUGGAAGACUUAUGGGCAAUAUGCGGAGUUGUUGUACAAAAUUGACUCCAUUAUGAAGCAAAAAGAUGGUCCAGAGUACAAAGAUUUGAAAUCCCAACGAGAUUUUAUGGAUUUUGUUUGUCGGUCAUUUGCGACGAGAUUGGAGAGGAGAAGAAAUAUCUUGAUAACGUCGGUGAGGUUCUUCAGACUCGUUAAUGAGUACUUUUCGAGGACGAGUGAUGUCUUUGAAUCGCUUAUAAUGGGAGAUAAAGUUGACGAUUAUGAUGUCGCUGUUACGAAAUUGAAGAAAUUACAAGCAAGUCAAAGUAGUUUAGAUUCAAUCGAGCGCCAAUUGAUGCAACAAGGCGAGAAACUCAGCGAUAUGUUAUCGAUGCCAGUAAAAGAUGCAGUUGGUCGUGAUAUUGCCGUCGAUUACAGUGACGAUAUCGCCAACAUUCGUGAUAUUCUCGAGGCAACGACAGCGCGUCGCAACAUUUUUAUCGACAGUGUCGAAUUGCAGAAGCUGACACUCGAGCAAAUCAGUCACAUUCACGCUUAUGAGAAAGAUGCGGCAACGGCGAGCGAAUGGAUGGACGAUUUGUAUCGCGUGAUGAUCAAGGCGCACACGCAUGUCGGCUGUAACGUGCACGAAAUUCAAAGUCAGAAGGAUGAACAUCAAAAUUUUCAGGAUACCGCAAGAAGUACAUUUAAUUACGGAUGUCAAUUGUUGGCAGCGGCACUUGCAUUGCGACAAAGUUGCAAAUUAGUGAUCGAUAAGAACAGGGAAAUGUCCCGGAAUCUCGAAACAACGUGGAAAAACCUUCAAAUCGUGAGUCAGGAGCAAAUGACGCGUUUAAGGGUGUCAGCUGUCUUCUACAGAAGCGUCGAAGAACAUUGCGUGAAGAUGACGGAGAUAAAAAAUGCAGUUUUGCUACUUCAUACGAUCAAUGAACGUGAUCGACGUCUCUCGAAUAUGCGAAAAUUGUUGGUAACACGUGAAAAAUUGCUCGUAGAAGUCGGAAGAAUGGUCCGUUUGGGUCGCUUGCUGCGUACAAGACUUCGAGAUCCCUUCAUUUUAGACGAAAAUGACGACGGAUCCUCGAUCGUUCCAACUGCCGAUAAUUCGAUCGCAUGUGAGUCAAUUUCCGAAAAACUCUUGGAAGUGAGUCGAAUAGCGGAGAAUUUGGACCGUGCGAUUAAAGAAACGCAAGAAGAUCUUGAACUGCAUUUCACGGAUUCGACCGAUACGGAUGGCGAAGGAGCUGUGAGUGUCAUGCACAAGCGCGGAGGCGUCAAUUCAAGCGAUGAUUGGAAUAGCAGCAUAAAAUCUUCCAUCACGGAAGACGAAACUUCGUAUUUUACGGCAUCCGAAGGACAUUCCGGCACUUUACACUCGAGAUCUUCGUCGUAUCACACAGCUUCCGAAUGCGCUCAUUCGCCGUGGUGGGAAAAUGCGGAAAAAUGCAGUCUCGAUUCGUCGGAUCAUGAAGCGCCGAGCAUGGAGCUGCUUUCGGGAGUUGUUGUCUCGAGUGCAAGUGCGUCCUUCGAUGAUACCGAAAGCCAUCCCGUGACUUUCCACUCGCCUACUGUGAGUGCCUCGGAGCAAGAGUUACACAUUGAUGCGCACGAAGAACUGAUAAUUCCGUUGUCGCCGCCCUCGUUGCAACCGCCGUCGAAUAAGAGAACGACAGCUGCUUCGCCCCAUCAAAGUGCGAAUAGCUUUGAGACGCCCGAAGAUGAUGCCAAAAGUAGUUCUUCGAUGGAUUUGUUGGAUGAAGUGGGUUCGGGUUGCAGUAUGGAUAAGCCUCCGCGAUCGCCGAGUGUUCAGUCGCCGACGUCAAAUGAAUUUGCGACACUGAAAAUGUCGGGACUGAGUUAUUACUAUCAGAAUAUCAUGACGAAACAGGCACUCAAGACGUGUCUUUAGAUGUAAGAUUGGAGAAAAUUUUAUUGA